GUUUCCAUUCAGUCAUUGCUUUGAGUUUAAUACGUAACUUUCUAACAAUUUGAUUAGAAUAUUAUACGUAAAAGUAUGUGUUAUAUAUAAAAAGAAUUAUAAUGGCUGUUAGUAGACUGUGUGCAGUCUUUCGACAAAUAACAAUAAGCAGAGAAAGUAAUAUUAUCGCAAGAUAUUGUUCUUCUCAUGUGUUAAAAGAACGUAAUAUUGUACAUUUUUCUAAUGUUUCUAAAAAUACAUUUACUGUAGCACCUUUAAAUGUGCAUAUUAAAUUUAUGCCAAAAACACUCGAUAUAGAUUUUAGAAAUCCAGAAAGUACUACUAGAAAAAAUAUAAAUGAAAUACCAUUAUCAAAAUAUAUACCGUCAGUGGAAGAACCUUUAGUAAAACAACCUAUUAAACAGGAUUUACCAUUAAUAGAUUCAUUUUUUCAACUUCCUCCAGUAGAAAAUACUUUAGAGAAAUUAGCUAUACGCUUGAUAGUAAUUAGAAAAAGAAAAAUGAAGAAACAUAAAAGAAAAAAACUGCGCAAAAGAAUGAAGUUUGCGUGGGCAAAGAUAAGAGCAAACCGUAAUAUAGCAAAGGAGAAAGCAUUUCAAGCGGAAUUGCUUGCACAAAUUAAACAAGCCCACAUGUUUGAUGCACAAAAAUAUGUUGAAGGAAGACUUGCCAUUCUGGAUAGAGAAAUAUUACCUAGAUCAUAUAGAGGAGAAAUAUUGCCCGUGGAAAUGAUUAAGAAAUUUAUACAACAGAAGAUAAAAAAACGAAUAAGAAAAUAUCGUAGACCACGUAUAACACUUGAUUAAAUGUGAUUAAAGCUUGAGUAGGUAAUUGUUUUACUUUGACUUUUUCUCUAUGUAGAAAUUCCAAAAUAAAAUUUUAAUAUUUAAAAAUU